AGAAUCACUCUCCACAUCUUCUCGGUUCGUCAAUAGUCGUGACUAACAUACAAAGCCAGAACUCUUCAGUAAUGAGUAGUCCUGCCAAUAUUCGUAACGUGUCUCCUGAUUCAAGCACUCACCCAGUCGGUCAAACAUAUACGGCUACUACCAAUGCCCCUUCCGUCGUUGCAACAGAUCCAGAAAAACGUCACCUCAUCCAGCAACAGUUGAUCUUAUUACUUCGUGCCCGCCGUUGUCAGCGCCAAGAAGAUGAGAGCAACGGACGAAUUAGCCAAUGUACGACACCUCAUUGCAACACAAUGCGCGGAGUUUUACAACACAUUACUUCAUGUACACAAGUUAAAAAUUGUCAAACACCACAUUGUGCUUCCUCUCGUCAAAUUAUAUCUCACUGGCAAAAGUUUGACAAUCGAGAGUGCCCUGUGUGCGGACCAUUAAAGCAGGACCAACACUACCAACGUAAUCAAGUGAUACGUCCACCUCAGAAUUCAACUCAGGUACAUGCGGUCUCAAACCGCGUCCCCGAGGUAAAUGGUGUUGACUGCAGUCCUCAUUCAUGUGUCGCUCAGCAACCACCCAGCCAAACCUUUCGGGUAACUUCCAUCUCCAGUGUUCCUGUCAACACAGUUGCCACACGAGCACCGAGUUCAGUCAUCCCCAGUACUCAGAUCUCAGAUGCUUCAAACUUGAAUGGUGUUAAUAAUCAUGUAGCAGUUAAAUGUACAUCAAGCGAGCAAAAUGACUGGCGAAAAGGUGUGGAUAUACCUCAACGAAAUAAUGUCGUCCGCAGAAUGUAAGUGAUGAGUUUUACCUGUUUUAUGUCGUCAGAUUUAUC